AUGGAGCUCGGCGGCCAGGAAGAGGCCUUGGCGGAGAGGCAUCGACAGGAGAAGAAGGACCUGAUUGCAAAAGUUACAAAAUUACGACAUAGCGUUGCUAAAAACGAUAAAAAGCGCAAAAAAGAAGUUACCGCCGAAAUUGAGAAUCUCGAGGCAGAAUUAAAAGAGAGACAUGCGCGGGAAGUGGAAGAACUGACCAUUCAGCCACAGGAAAACAGUGUCGUCAAUGGAGCUGUCGCAGGUACCAGUGAAGAGUCUGAAGACAACAAAGACUCUAAACUGUCAAAAUCUCAACGGAGAAGAGAUAACAAAGAACGCAAAGAGAGAGAACGGCAAGAACGAAUCAAAUCUGGUCAGGUUGACGACUCUGAUAAUAUUCGCCUGAUUGAAAUGAAGCGGAUAGAAGACUUACUGGAAGAGAGAGGGCUUAGUUUGUGUGAAAUCUCCUCCGACGGCGACUGCAUGUACAAAGCAAUUGAGCAUCAGAUGAAGCUGACUCGAAAUGCAUCGCACACUGUUGAGGAGCUGAGACACAAAACGAGCGAGUACAUUCGUCAAAACAAGGACGAAUUUUGGCCUUUUCUCCUUAACGAUCAGAAUAAUCUGGUCUCUGAUAAGGAGUUCGAAGUUUAUUGUGAUAAAAUAGCCAAUACCAAAACAUGGGGCGGCCACCUGGAGCUGAAAGCCCUCUCAAACAUCCUCAAAGUGCCUAUUGAAAUUAUUCAAGCAGAAGGCUCGUCUAUUCAAAUUGGCUCUUCCGAGUUUGGUACAAGCAAUCCACUUAUUUUAUGUUACUUCCGCCAUGCAUACCAGCUAGGCGAGCACUACAACAGUGUAAUGCCUAAUUGCGAUGAAAUUGCGGAUGAGGAGGAGUGGCGCAAUGACAAUUCGGAGUGA